CAUGUUGCUAAGGGAGGAGUCGACCACACCAAAAUGAGUCUGCAUGGUGCUAGUGGUGGACAUGAGACAUCAAGGGACAGAUCACAAGAUUCAUCUCUUGAGAGAGCGGAGUCUCAGCUCACUCCUUCCAUUCGAAACGUGACUUCACCAACAAGGCAGCAUCAUACUGAACUUACAAAAGACAAUAGUUCGUCUCGUCCAAGCAGUCUUUGUCCUCCAAGAGCAUCCCCAAAUGGCUCCAUAAGCAGUGCUGGGAACAGUAGCAGGAACAACAGCCAGUCAAGCUCAGAUGGUAGCUAUAAGACAUCUGGGGAGAUGGCGUUUGUGUAUGAGAAUGCAAAAGAAGGGGCUCAGAAUGUGAGGACAUCUGAGCGAGUGACCCUGAUAGUGGAUAACACCAGAUUUGUUGUGGACCGGUCCAUUUUUACUGCACAUCCAAAUACAAUGUUGGGCAGAAUGUUUGGAUCUGACCGGGAAUAUAAUUUCUCACGUCCCAAUGAGAAGGGAGAAUAUGAGGUGGCAAGGGGAAUUGGUUCUACUGUAUUUCGGGCUAUUUUGGAUUACUAUAAGACAGGAAUUAUGAGUUGUCCUGAUGGCAUAUCUAUUCCUGAACUGAGAGAAGCAUGCAAUUGCCUUUGUAUUUCUUUUGAAGACAGCACAAUUAAAUGUAGAGAUCUCGGUGCCCUUAUGAAUGAGUUAUCAAACAAUGGUGCACGUAGAGAAUUUGAAUUUUAUCUGGAAGAAAUGAUCCUCCCUCUCAUGGUAGCAAGGGCCCAGGAUGGAGAACGAGAGUGUCAUAUCGUUGUGCUUACAGACGAUGAUGUGGUUGAUUGGGAUGAGGAGUAUCCACCACAGAUGGGAGAGGAGUAUUCACAGGUUAUUCAUAGCACAAAAUUAUAUAGAUUCUCAAAGUACAUUGAAAACAGAAAUGUGGCCAUAUCAGUUUUGAAAGAGAGGGGUCUUAAGAAGAUUAGAUGUGGAAUAGAAGGCUACCCUACCAACAAAGAAAAAGUUAAGAAAAGGCCAGGGGGCCGUCCAGAAGUCAUUUACAACUAUGUCCAAAGACCCUUCAUUCAAAUGUCCUGGGAGAAGGAGGAAGGAAAGAGUCAGCAUGUCAACUCUCAGUGUGUAAAGAGUAAAUCUAUCACCAACCUGGCAGCACCUGCUGCAGACAUUGCCCAGGACCAGCUGGUAGUCAUGCACCCUACUCCCCAGGAGGAUGAGCUGGAUAGCCUUCCCAGACACCCCGUCGGCAACAAUGACCUCGAUCCUGGCGCACAGAAGUCAAUGCUGUGA